AUGCCUCCUUUGAUCCCGCAGACGCCUCACAAGGACGAUCUUGAUGAAACAUGGACGUUCUUGGAAAAGGGCAUCGACAGCGUGAUGCUGAAGUUGGAGGACGGGGUGGAUAUGAAGACUUACAUGGCCUUAUAUACCGCGGUUCAUAACUUUUGCACGUCGCAAAAGGCAGUCGGAGGUAACCCGAGCUUAAACGCACACCGUGGUGCACACCUACUAGGUGAGGAGCUGUACAAGCUGCUAGGGGAAUACCUUUCGCGUCACCUCGAUGCGGUCCAUAAUGAAUCCCAAGGUCAUACCGAAGAAGCGCUGCUUGCCUUCUACAUCCGCGAAUGGUCUCGUUAUACGACUGCGGCCAAGUACAUAAACCACCUUUUCAGAUACCUCAACCGUCACUGGGUAAAACGGGAAAUUGAUGAGGGCAAAAAGAACGUAUACGACGUUUAUACUCUGCACUUGGUCAAGUGGAAGGAUGAUUUCUUCCUCAAGGUUCACGACAAGGUUAUGGAAGCAGUCUUGAAUCUCGUCGAAAAGCAGCGGAACGGCGAGACCAUCGAACAAUCUCAGAUCAAGAGUAUCGUCGAUUCAUUCGUUUCGUUGGGUCUGGACGAGAAUGACAGUACCAAGUCCACCUUGGAAGUCUACCGCUUCUAUUUCGAACGGCCGUUCAUCACCGCCACAAGAAACUACUACGAAAACGAGUCCCGGCAAUUCGUGGCAGAGAACAGUGUGGUUGAAUACAUGAAGAAGGCAGAAACCCGUCUUGACGAGGAAAAAGCCCGUGUUGGCUUGUACCUGCACCCCGAUAUUUCCAAGCAUCUCACGGAUACAUGCUUGGACGUCCUUGUCACUGCUCAUUCCGAGCUUCUCCGGGACGAGUUUCAGGUUCUUCUGGAUAAUGAGCGCCAGGACGACCUGGCCCGUAUGUACCGACUCUUGUCACGCAUCAAAGAAGGUCUGGACCCUUUGCGAACGAAAUUCGAGACGCAUGUCAGGAAGGCUGGCCUUGCUGCGGUCGAGAAGGUUGCGGCGGAAGGCGAGGCGUUUGAGCCCAAGAUGUAUGUGGAUGCGUUGUUGCAGGUUCACACCAGGUACCAAAGUCUGGUGAACGAGGCUUUCAACGGCGAGUCCGAGUUUGUCCGAUCUUUGGACAACGCGUGCCGAGAGUUCGUCAACCGUAAUAAGAUCUGUGCCUCCAGUUCGACGAAGUCGCCGGAGCUGCUGGCCAAGUACACCGACUCAUUGCUCAAGAAGGGGUCAAGAGCUGCCGAAGAGUCGGAGGUCGAAGAGAUGCUGGUACAAAUCAUGACUGUCUUCAAGUACAUUGAAGAUAAGGAUGUGUUCCAGAAAUUCUACUCCAAAAUGCUGGCCAAGCGAUUGGUACAUGUCAGCUCGGUGUCGGACGAUGCGGAAACCAGUAUGAUCAGCAAACUCAAGGAAGCCUGCGGUUUCGAAUAUACGAAUAAGCUGCAGCGUAUGUUCCAGGACAUUCAAAUUUCGAAGGACCUCAACGCCAGCUACAAGGACUGGCAGGAGAGGGCACUGGACGACGACGAUCGGAAGAGGCUGGUCGAUACCCAUUUCCAGAUCCUAGGAACUGGAUUCUGGCCCCUUCAGGCACCCUCGACGGACUUCUUAGCACCGCCGGAAAUUGUCAAGACUGCCGAACGCUUCCAAAGCUUUUAUUUCGACAAGCACAACGGUCGCAAGUUGACUUGGCUUUGGCAAUUGUGCAAGGGUGAAAUCAAGACGAAUUACAUCAAGAACACCAAAGUUCCCUACACUUUCCAGGUGUCAACCUUCCAAAUGGGUAUCCUAUUGCUGUUCAACGAAAAUGAUACUCUAGAAUAUUCCGAUAUUCAAAAGGCCACGUCUCUCGCCCCGGAAAUCCUCGAGCCAAACUUGGGUAUCCUCCUCAAGGCCAAAGUUCUUAUCAUUGGCCCAGAGGGUUCCAAACCGGGACCUGGGACGACAUUCUCCUUGAACUACAACUUCAAGCACAAGAAGAUCAAAGUGAACCUAAACAUUCAGAUCAAGUCCGAGCAGAAGGUCGAAUCGGACGACACGCACAAGACGAUAGAGGAGGACCGUAAGCUGCUGCUUCAGUCUGCCAUCGUUCGUAUUAUGAAAUCGCGAAAGAAGAUGCGACACGUCCAGCUCGUCCAAGAGGUGAUCCAGCAAGUGAAAUCCCGCUUCCCCCCCAAGGUUCCCGACAUCAAGAAAAAUAUCGAGGCUCUCAUGGAGAAGGACUAUAUAGAGCGUUUGGAUGGCGACGAAAUAGCCUACAUUGCAUAA